CAAUAUAGUAAUUGCAUGAUUAUUUAAUUUAUUAAUUUAGAUAAUAAAAAAAAUUGGCCGCUGCUGGCAGGAAAUUACCGCCGGCUUUCUCCUCUGCUGGCCGGAAAUCACCGCCGGCUUUCUCCUCUGCUGUCCAAUCAUUUAUUUUGGGCAGGAGACAUGGGAAGAAUUGUCCCAGGAGAGAGAGAGAGAGAGAGAGAGAGAGAGAGAGAGAGAGAGAGAGAUUUUGUACUAUUAGUAUGCUUUGUAUUGUUUGUCGAUUUAUUUUGUAAUGUUUGUACGCUUUGUUACUUUGUUAUUUUGUAAGGUUUGUCGGGUUUUUUUGUAAUGUUUUUAAACUUUGUUAUUUUUGUGCACCAUGUUUAUCAUUUUUGUCAACCAUGUUUGUAAUGUUUUUUAUGUCUAAAAAACAACCUGGUUGACUUUUAGAUGUAACUUCUCUAUAUAGGGAUGGAGCCUCCAAAGUCAACCCGGGUGUUUUUUCCCGUUCGUAUGGAUUGUCGGUCUAGUUUGUCAUUUUUGUCCACCAUGUUCGUACUGUUUGUAUGUCUAAAAAACACCCGGGUUGACUUUGGGAAGGAGCCCCUCUAUAUAGGGAUGGAGCCUCCAAAGUCAACCCGGGUGUUUUUUCCCGUUCGUAUGGAUUGUCGGUCUAGUUUGUCAUUUUUGUCCACCAUGUUCGUACUGUUUGUAUGUCUAAAAAACACCCGGGUUGACUUUGGGAAGGAGCCCCUCUAAAUAGGGAUGGAGCCUCCAAAGUCAACCCGGUUGUUUUUUCUUUUUGUAUGGUUUGUAUUGUUUGUCAGUCUAGUGUGUAUUGUUUGUACAGUUCAUACGUUUGUAAUGUUUGUAAAUCUGUUUGUAUGUUUUGUCGCUCUAGUUUGUACUGUUUGUAUGUUUCUAUGGUUUGUACUGAUUGUAAAUUCGGUUUGUAUACUUCGUAAUUUUCUAUAAUACCCAAACUACCCCUGUCAUUAAUAAAAUAACCCUUCCCACUUUUUAACCAUUAGAUUUAAGUGUCCAGAUCUAAUGGCUAGGAGGGGCUUAGUCAUGGGAUCCGCUCUCCACUCUGACCCGUCUCUCUCAAUCACUCUCUCGCUCUCUCACUUGCUUACUGCUUCUCCUUGUCGCCAUAAAAAUCGGCGCUCUCUCCGACAGAUUAGCUCCACAGAUGAGCUCGUCCAACCUUUAAAAUUUUGUUCCAAAUCGAUUUGUUUUCUAGUGAGAUGGGAUUAGAGGGAACUAAUACUGAAUCCUCUAAGCUCUAACUCUCUCUCUCCGCUCACUCUUCCCCUUCCCUCUGUGAAAGUCCAACAGUAAGAAUCCCACAAAUUAAAUAGAAUCAAUCGGCCUCCAUGGAACCCCAAUGCAUGUAUGAAGUCCUCCAAAUGGCGAGAUUUUGGCCCAGCUCUGUAUUAUCACGUUCACUGAUCGUCGAAUCCGGAUGCUCGGGAUCUAGGAUAUCAAGGCCACACACCGUCGUCGGCCAUAGUGCUGGUCUGAGAGACUACUACAACUGCUUACGUCCAGGAAGCUGGCACGUACUGGAAGUGUGAAUUAAUCGGCCAGGAUAGUUUAAAUUGGUUUCUCCCUACUAUUUGGAUUCAACGAUGGUGGAUUGGUGGUAGACAGCGGACAAGAGGUAGGGGCUUCACAAAGAGAGAGAAAGAUGAGGUUGGAGACUCGGGUCUGGUGGUUUGGUUAGUAGCUCCCUAACCGCAGGUCAUGCUUUAUAUAAUUAAAAUUGAGUUUUUAUUUUGACCCUCAAUCAAACUAACAGAAAUUUACAUGGAUGGACAAAUUAAUGAGUUUAAUAGUACCCGACACCCUAUUCUUAUUUUAGUGGUAUACCUCCUCCAAUUCAAAAACUUUAGUGGCACGAGAGGUAUUUCACUCUCCGUUUUCCCCCAUUCGACAUUUUUUAUUCCGUCCUCGUCCCAGAAAUAGCAGAAAUCAGCUUCCAUCUUCCUCCUAGCGGCAGCCGAAAUCCGGCCAAAAUCCCUCGGUGCGACAACCGUGAUUCCCUUAUCGCUUGUCUCCCUCCCCAGUCACCAAUUUCUCCAACCUCUGAUUUAACUCUGGUUCCCCUGGUCGCUUCCAUCUUUCCGUCGAUGAUUCAACUCAGACGGGGUGCUCUCAAGAAUGGCACCGGCGGCUGCUCCAGCACUUCUUACAGUGAGACCAAAUCUCGCUGUUGUUGGAUCCUUUGGUGCCGUCGGGAACUAGCUUCCCCAUCCCCUCCACGCUACAGGAGAUGAAAGCCUAAUCAGAGGAAUCCCGUGUUACUACUCUGGCUGCGAAUAAACCCGGCGUUGUUGCCGGGAUUGACUCGGGCUCAAAACCUCGACUUCGGCUUCUUUCCUCGAUUCAGACAAUCUACCGGAGCUCCAGUAAUCGACUGGUGAGACUCAAAAUUCCUAAGUGCGAUCUAGACGAUGAACGGAGAGUGAAGGGAGGAUGAGGGUCGGAGUUCAAGUCCAAUCCCUAGAAAUUAUUAUAUCUUCAGAUUUGGGGGAAAAUGAAAAAGAGCAGGCGGGAUCAAUUGGGCCAAAGAUGGAUUGGAAACUUCAAUUUUUUAAUGGAGAUACCGAAGGGAGAAAUUGAUUUGGGAAAAGUCGAAGAGACUUUAUUCUGUUUGUGGCAGUCACCGACGACGAAGAGGAAUCGAGGUGGGGACUGGGUUUCUGCAAAUUGGGGUUUCUGCAAAGAGUUCUCGAGAAUGAGAAGGGGCAAAUGGUGAAUAGGAAAGAAGGUAAUAUGUCGGUAAAGUAGGAUAAUUUUUUAUUAAUAAAUAUAAUUAAUUUUAUUUUUCAUCAUGGCAUGCAACAUAGACCAAAUUAAAUGCAGCCACAUGCGAUCGUUUGUCCAGUCAGCCGUCGUUAUAAUUUCAUUACAUUAAUGGACGAAAUGACUAUUUUUGUGUAUUUUCAAAAUUUAGCUAUAUUUGUCACAGUGUAAAGUUAUGGCUAUGCAAGUGUAUUUUGUCUAAAUUUAUCACUCUAACAAUGAACAAUUUCAAAUCCACAUUUAUUACAAAAAGUUCUGACAAAUUAUUCAAACUAUCUCAGAAAAGAAAUCAUAACAUUUUUUUUAUUAAAUUCAAGUUAGUAAUUAGGCUAGCAUUCCAUAAUUGACCACACAAAACCGCCAAAAAAGCUGGAAAACAGAAAAAAUGAAGUAGAAAUAAAAUUAGUAAUUCAAG